CCGGAUCCGCUCCUCACGCCGCGCCGGCCGUGUCGAUUUCUCCUCAGUGAGGUCCGCGGCUGCCUGCCUGCUCGAGUCCGCGCGACGAUCAAUCGAUAUAUCGGUGAUCGAAAACGCCCAUCGCGGGGCAUGAGAAGCGGGCAGCGACGAGCGCGGAGUCUGCGAUCGAUCGCGCGAUUUCCAGACGGACAAACGAACCCGACGGGCGAGCUAUAAAAAGGCAAACCGCCUGCAAUUAAACGUGCUCGAUUAAAAGUACUUUGCGUUCUCGAAUCCUUUAUGCUCGAUGUUCCUCGAAAGUGCAUACAUGUGUCUCUAGUACUACGAAGUGUUGAAAAAAAUUGGAUCUACGAUUUUCGGCGAUUCGAGACGUGUCCGCCGUAAAACGAAGCUUCUUCGCAUCAGUGCGUUCUACAUUUGGUGCGUUUAACUUAUUUACGGAGAAAAGAAGUUUAAAAUUAUGUAUUAUCAACAAGAAAAUUUUGCUGCCGCUUUGAUCAAGAAUUACGCAUCCCACUUGCGUACAUCGCCAAGACACAUUUAACGUCGCCCGCUGGGAUACGGACGCACGUAAACCCACCAUCGUACGCCCGCACGUGUGGUAUCGUUUCGCGAGUGCAUGCGGCUCGUCUGCUUUGGCGAGUUACGAGCGGUAUGCUAGGCUGGAACGUGCGGAAGAUGGAUCUUCCGCGAAUCGCCUGGCAACGUGAAACGUGACGCGAAACUGUGUGUGUGUGUGUGUGUGUGUGUGUGUGUGUGUGUGUGUGUGUGUGUGUGUGUGGGUGAGUGUGUACGUGUAUGCAUCUCUCCCCGUCCCUCCUUCUUUCUCUCUCUCUUUCUCUUCUUCCUCCGCCGCCGUCACCUCGCAAACUGCGAAGAAAGAAAGUUGACUCGAAUCUCCGCCGUCGCGAAUUUGACAGGCUGCCAAGUCCGCGAGGUCGCGUUACAUAACGCCAUGUAACGCGCGCGAACUUGGACUGCGCGCCCGCGAAAACGAACGAACCGGCAACUCGCCGUCGAUCUCACGAUUAUUGUCGUCGUCGUCGUCGUCGUCGAUCAUGUGAUUCGCGCGCAGCGAAUGCACCGAGUCGAAUGCCACGGCGCGUAAUGUAUGUACGCGCGGUCACGCGGAAAACGGGACUGCAGUUUUAACUCGGAGCUUAUUGCCAUGCGAACGACCGCUGAACGACAGCGACUCUAAAUCACGCGGCAACAGAAAUCGAAGAAAUUGUCGGGACACGAGCGACGAUCGCGUCAAGUGUAUCUGCAAUAUCCCUUUAGCAACCACAGAGUGCAUUUUAUUUACCUUUUGGUGUUAAUGUAACAUGGACAAAAAUUAUUUUUCAGUAUAAAGUACUUUUCGUUAUGCAAUUUAUAAUUUGUGAUAUAAUAUUUCGUGUUAUUUGCAUUUUAACAAGAAAUUAUAAUUAUUUUCCAAAACUCUUUGUCCUGAAACAAAAAAUCUGUCAAACGAGCAACGACGUGAACGAAAGCGCAUUUCGGCGAAACGAAACAACGGUCGGCUAUCCUUCACGGCCGGAAUAAAAUUCACCGAGGCAAGGCGAGAUCCGUUAAGAAGUCCAGAGACGGCAAACCCGUUCGGGACGAGAAAUUAAUCGGGACGAUCAGCGACGGGCAAGCGAACGAGCGAGCGAGCGGUUUUUCCGGCAGAUUAUUCGAGCGAGAACCAGAGGAGAAGAACCGGGACCAUGAAGAACGCCCAUCCGAUCGUCAGCGCAACGACUUCUAGUCCGGUUGGUCCAGAUUCCACGGAAUCUGGCGAGUCGGCGGCGGAGCCGAUCAUUCGGCUGAAGCUGCAGAAACCGCUGCACUGGGAGUGGGAACUGACGACGUCCUCCGACGCGCUGCCCGUCAUACAACUGUUGGACAAGGAUGGCCGGUUACUAGUGGAAACCACCGGCCGAACGGCGCAGCGGGCGAGAGGUUCGUUCAAGGAGGGCCUGAAGACCCACGAGCAAUUCUCCGUCGACGAAUCGUCUAGGGCCAGUUCGAGGAGCAAGGAGCAAACGUCCUCCCCGUCGACGUCGUCCACCACCUCGUUCGUCGUGACGCCGUUUCCGAGUAAUCGCAAUAUCGACGGCUUCAGCAGCAAGUUCGGCACGUGCAACUUCGCGCCGCGAAAAUCCCGAAGCGACAUUAAUAUUAAUAAAGGGGGACGAGGCAAAAAGAGGCACUCGUCCACCGUGGAAGAUCCGACGAUGAAGGCGAAGCUCGAAAGAAACGUCGAGGAAGCGGCGAUGGGAUUUAAGAGGUACUCUGCCGGGGAUUAUCUCCGACAGCAAAUUAUGGACGAUCUGCGGACGCGUAACGCGAUAGGGAAAGCUCCAGAUGAGGUCGCCAAGGACAGAUGCAGAAAGGUCAAAGCGUAUCUGAGGAGUCAGAGCGAGUCCCUGCUGAGCUUGGUUCGCGAGGAAGAAUGCAGCGGAAGCGAAGCUGUCGGACCGAACGAGAAAAAUGUCGAAAAUCGUAAUCUGAAGAGAACCAAUACGGUCAAUCCUGAAGACAAGAAUUCGAAUGAGGAGAACAAAAAGGUGAAGUCGUAUCUGCGAACCCGGAGCGCCUUAAUUUCGACGGAGUUAAUUUCGACGGAGAACUCGGCGAAGGAGAAAUCAAACGAGGAAGACAGAGUCGUUCGCGAGAUAGAGGAUGACACGAAUGAGAAGGAGCUCGCUAGAAGCAGAGCGUUCCUACGUGAAAAGAUACAGCGGCGGAUGAAUAUGGAACAGGCGCAUUCGAGAUUGGCCGUUCGCACUGGCGUCCCGGAGACCGUCGAGAGGGCCGGGAUCAGGAAAAGAUACUCGGACUACAGUCAUGAGGAAAACCAGAAGAACUACAGAACGCGAAAGGUGCGCAGCGAGACAAGUAUUUUGCGAUUCAAUCCCGAAGUAAUCGAGAGAGAGAAACUAAAGUCCAACGGGCAAUCGGAGAAGGAGAAGCCAAUAAACUGUAGAGGAUCUUCGGAGGAAUCGCAACUUCAAAGACAGUCGCGUAAAUAUCGGCGAUCGAAGAGCGAAGCGUUAUUCCAAGCCUCGGAGCAGGAUAAUCGAUCGAAAUCGCAGCUAAAGAGAGAGUCGUCCAGUCUGGAUAGAAGGAAGGUCUACCGCAAAACCAAGAGCGACGUUUUGCUCGGACAAAUGGCGAUGGCGAUGGCCGACGGAGACAGCGCCAGAGACUUCGCAAAUCCUCUGCGACAUAUGAGGAGCCUGGAGAAUGUAGAGGAAUCCUGGCGGGAAUACAAAGAGCGGAAAAGGAACGAGAGACUUCGUCGGGAAUCGGAAAGAGAAGUGCCUGAGGAGGACUUCAUGUGUAAACCGAGAUGGAAGGACCUGCAACGCGAUCUCUGCUCCUCGCGCAACUGCAAGGUCUGCCAAAACUUGAGAAACUGCGUGAACCCAUUUUAUGACCGAAAUGAAAAAAAUCGUCAGGAAAACGAAGAAAAACUUUUGAUGAAAAAAGAGGGCAUUGCAAAAUUUUCCGAAGACGAACCCUCGUCGACGAACAGCAGCAGACCCGGUACCAGUUUGCAAGAGAAUUACUUGCUCGUCGGACAGAAAAACACGAACGAACACCAAUCGCCGAUCAUCGCCAGAAUUCAAGUGAGAAAUCGCGGCAAAGACAUUAGCAGCGUAUCCGCGUCAAACGUCAAUUCCCCGGAUUUCGGGUACAACUCAAUUCCUUCGAAGAACGCUUUCAAGGACUAUCGAGAGCUAUACGCACGCUCGAAUGUGAAGAAAAGCGACACCUUCAAGAUCGUCGACGGAAGCGAGGAUCUAGAGAAACGCGCGAACGACACCGAUUCGAAGAUAAACGGCAAUGACGGUUCUGACAGCAAUUUCGGCUAUCUGAACAGCAAAAUUUCACUUGCAAACAAAUCGAACGAGGACAUCACCAAGGAUUACUUCAAAAGAGUUUACAAACUGCUGAAGAGAAAACAAGAAGAAAUGAAGAAGCCGGUGGAUGGAAGUCACGAGUCUCCGUGUCGCAAUGGUUCUUCGUCCUCGAAUUACGUCGAGGAAACGCAAAAGAAGAGACAUCGUCACAGAAGAAAAGACAAAAGUUCACAAGGUGAGGAAGUAGUGACGGUGCCGUCCACCAGCAACGGUCAGGAGAGCUGGAAAGCGCAGAGGCUGUCUGUAAACGGCGAAUCGCCGCAAUCGAGCAAUCGUCGCCGCGGCUGCCGGCCUCAAUUGCAACCGGUCGUUUCCGGCGGUAAGAGGAAUCGGCCGGCGCCACCCCCGCCACCGCAGCCGACAUCCUACAAGAUCAAUGCCAAGGAUCAGAUCGAGAGGUACUUCGACUGGCCGAACAAAGAGAACACGCCCGGAAAUGCCGUGAACUGCCGCGAGAACGACCAAACGAACCAAAUCCAGACGACCGAGGAAGCGAUAAUGGGCUCAAACCUCAGCAGACAUAACGGGAAGGGCCUCACUGGCCGGCGCACUCAAUCAUCCGGGAACCUGUGCGACCCCAAGGGAAAGCUCAACAGUAUGGGGAAGAUACUGGUGCCCUGUUCCAGCGCGCAAAGAGAAAGAUACAAAUUUUGCGGUUCGCUGCCAAAUCACUUGGACGAUAAAGAUGCGCUGGACGACGAUGAACGGGACAACAAUAACGUUUCGUCCGAAAAUGUUGGCGGAAAUUUCAGCGGGACGUUACCACACAAGAAACGCUCAUUAGGGGUGCACUUCUCGGAUAGCGGACCGACCGGCACUUUGGAUCUCGUUAAGCACCGAUCGCAGGAUUCUCUGGACGAGAACGAUCCUUGGAGAUAUCAACAGAGCGACCUCGACCUCGUGCGAACCCGCCACGGUAACUACGACUCGGUCAAGAGAAAUCGCAGCGCCGAGACCGUGCUGGUCGGUUCCGGCAGGAGAUACGGUGGCCGCGGCGUGUCCUCGGAGGACAGAUGCCAACGGAACUCGGACCUCGACCUAGUCGGCACGCUGCCGAAACGCAAGCAGGACGGCAGAAACAACAGCGGCAGGAGCCUGCAGUCGUCCAACUCGUCGUCCUCGCAGCCGUGCAUAAUGAACACCAACGUCAACGACGACCUGCUGAUGAAGAUUCACAAGCCCGAUUGCGAGCUGCUCAAGCAUCGCCAGCAGCUUGGCAAGUGCGUCGACCUGAAGCUGAGCAAACUGAGCGGCGAACCGCAGGAUCAGGGAUACGCGUCCGAACGUUCGCCCGAGGACGAGCAUCCACCGUCGUUGCCAGGCCAGCCGUUUCCAAAUGUAACACCCGAGAACACAUUCCGAGUGACGCUACAGAAAAGCAGUCGCGGUCUUGGCCUGAGCGUUUCCGGUGGAAGCACUGCGGGGCCCGUCCGGGUGAAAAGGCUCUUCCCUCAACAGCCUGCCGCCCUGUCCAACAAACUUCAAACUGGCGACAUACUACUGGCUGCCAACGGGAUCCCUCUCACUGGCCUCACCAAUUACGAGGCUCUUGAAGUUCUGCGUACAACGCCUAGCACGGUCGAGCUGGUGGUGUGUCGGCUUCCAGGAGAUAGUAAUGUCACGCCACCCGGUGCACCGCCGCCACCCCCGGCAAGGCGAGAACCACCGCCGCCGUUACGUUUACUCAACCCUCUGCCGCCCCUGCAGAUCGAGCCCUGCGGUGAGUUUGACAUCGAGAUGACAAAAGUCGGCGGCAGUCUUGGUUUCACUCUCAGGAAGGCAGAUAGCAGUGCCCUGGGUCACUACGUGCGUGCACUAGUCCGAGAACCAGCAUUGAGUGAUGGCAGAAUUCGGCCGGGUGAUAAGAUUGUCGCGGUAGAUGAUGCACCGCUGUCGCCGAUGAGCCAUGAGGAAGCGGUCCAGCUGCUGCGACAAUGCGGGCCGACGGUGAAACUGCGACUGUACCGUGAUCUGGCACAGACCCCGGUCUCGGCGCUCUCGCCCACCGAACCCGAUCAUCCUCUCCGUCCGCCACGAACGAGCUUGAGACAAGAAGCUGUGGACAUGCUGUGUGACUUGGCAGUCCGGAAACUGUCGCCCGGUACAUCAACUGGGUCUAGUAGCUGCAAACAACAAUCACCUGGUGUGUCAUGCAAUUCGCCUCGAAGACGUCGACUCGCCACGCGCACUCCCACUGCCGAAAUCGAUCAAGAAACCCCUGAGACCAAGUUGCGCGACGUGCAAACGACAUCGUCGACGGCCAGCCAAGCGGAGACCACGUCAGACUCGGACCAGUGCUCCGUCAGGACGCAAAUCACCAAUUCCCAGGCGAACACACCUGCGACCGACAUAAUCGAUCCGCCGGCGCUCUACGUUAUUUGCGACGACGACGAGUCGAAGCCAGCGUCGAACAAUGCCGCGAACAGGCCCCGCUUCCUCGAUUUGUCGGCGCCGCAGGGUAAGCCGCACUUCCAGUUUUGCAGCGUCGACUCGGACAGCGAGUAUCCCGCGGACGACGACGUGAUCCUCGCCGAGGCGGAGCGCGGCCGGCUGGCCGAACCGAGCUACGACGACGACAGGAGCGUGACGGUGCUGUCGAGCGACGAGCACGACAACGAUCUGCCUACCGAGCCGGCCUCGAUGCCGCCGGUGCUCUCGUCCACCAGCAGCACCAGCACCGUCGCAUUCAGUUACAAAAAUCCGGCUUAUCAGAGCGCCAAUCCGGCCUGCGGCAGCGCCGGCAGCGACCCAGCUGGAACCAAGAGCAAGGCCACACACUCGAGCGACCAGGACAUCCCGGGAAAGAUCCUAGGAACGGACGAUCCCGGUGGUAGCAAAGGGCUAUUGAAGUGGAAGGGCGUAAUGUUCGCUCCAAACGAUGAGGUGGAUCAGGACACCGAGCACGACCAGGAAGAGACUGGGAGAGACACUACGGAUUCGGUUGCUCUCAACGAGGAUAUUGAACAAGGCAGUGAGGUGUUCAUGGUAGAGCUGACGCGUGGGUGGAACAGUCGACUGGGCUUUAGCUUGCAGUCGGAAGGAAAUCGUACGGUAAUAUCGGUUGUGCAUCCCGAUAGUGUCGCGGCCAAGGAUGGCAGGCUCAGGCAGGGCGACGUGUUACUGAUGGUUAACGAGGAAAGUGUGGAACACAUGUCAACAGCUGAUAUAAUAGAUCUGUUGCGCAAGAUACGCGGCUCGAUAGGCAUCACGGUGAUGAGGAAAUCCAAACAAGAUAAUAUAACGUGACACUAGUCCAGUGCAUUAUCGAAAUAGAAAAACUGAGAAAGAGACGAUCUGAUCAAUAUUGUUCCUUAUCAACAAGCAACGAGUUUGGUUUGAAUCCAACGUAAGAAAGGUUUGACCAGGAAAAGGCGCUGAUUUUUUUUUUUCAACAAAACGUUCAUUAAGUUUUGAACAAAGAGACGUGAUAGAAAUAAGUAGGAAAGCGGUAAUUAAAUUAAAAAAUAAAAUAAAGAUUAUAAAAGAAGAAAGUACAAUAAGAGAUGUCAAGAUUUAGCGAAUCCUCGAUGUCGGAAGAAAAAGUAAAUCCCUGCCACUGUCAACGACAAAGAUCACCUGGCGAAGAAACAUCUUCGUAAGAUAAUCUCGCUAUGUGAAAGACAGUGCGAACGUAUCCAACUGCAAAAAGGGAUCAUCGGUGACCCGGUCGAUUACAAAAAACUGCCGUCGAGAAAUAUUCGCAUGGAUGCCAUCUAGAUAACAUCCCUGACGAAUAUCCGGAGAUAAGGAGUCACUCCAAUCUUGCCGGAUUCUUCGGAAGAAAACUAAACGCCGGAGAUGUAAAAUGAAGAUGUUCCGAAGCGUCGCACUGAAUCUACGCGGUUCCGAUUUCGCGCACGAAUCAGCCAAUCUCGUAACGUAAUCCACGAAUCAAUAUUAUUUACGAUUGCAGUUCCAUUGGGAGCGUGAUAACGCGAUUAUAAAGCAAUUCAUCCUAAAAGAACGUUCGACAUGCCAACCGUGACAGAUUGCGCAUUAAUUAUAGGAUAAUUGAAGUGCUCUCCUGUUAAGUUCGAAUCUCUUCGAUCUCCAAUUAUCGGCGCUCAUUAAUAGUAUUCCUAAUAGUUUGCGGUGUAAUAUUCAUGAAAAGUGGCAUCUUAUGAUUAAUGCGUAUUCCUCCAAUAAAUUUGAGAAUCAAAAAGCAUCAAUCAAAAUACGGAUAGAGAAAAAUGAUAGAAUGAGAUUGUGGUCGACUUGUCAGUCGGAACGUAAAUUAUCGAUUAUCCAUCGGGAAAAUGACCUUGAUCUUUUUUUUAUGAAACUCCGAUAUGUUGUAUAUAACUGUAAAAAGAUAUUCUUUUAAAUACGUUCACGCGCGUGGGUAGAAAAAUUCAUCUGAGAGUUUGUAGUAUAUGUCUUACAUAUCUUUGUAAAUCACAUGCAUAUUCCACCAGUAUUUAUUCAAACGAGAAAGAUAAACGAAAUUCCACAAAAAAUAGAAACUUAAACUAGCGAAAGUAUCUGUAAAUAAAUUGACGCUAAUAAUAUAACUUUGAUUUUUCCCUGACACGCUUUAAAUAGUUCGACUUAAAACUAAAAUUAAAACUAGAUUUCAUGUAUUUUCCCAAAGGCAUGUGGCAAUUCUUCUUCCGAAUUCUUUGAAAAGAAAGCUGCACUACUAUGCAGAACAUAUUAAUCAUGUAAAUACUGUAUUUUUAUCCCAGAAAGUGUAACUUUAUCGAAAGAGCUUGACGUCUAUUACCGCGCAUUCGUGUGGACAAAAAAUGUGAAUUAAUUAAUUUUACUCGUUCCGCAUCACCAUGCGCGAGAAGUUUCACGUGAAAAAUAAAUUCAUCGUGUGAGGCAGCUAACAUACAUUUCGGCUUUAACUUCGUCCAUUCGUGAUUAGAUGAGAAUUUACAAUAAUUAAUAAAAGAGCGUGUGAUAAAAGAAGCUCGAGUUUCUUUACUCAAGCGGAAGAGAUAAUAUAUUUUCAGGAAUUUCCCUUUAACUGAUAAAAUAAAUUUUUAAAUAAAGUAAUAAAAACUAUUUAAUUGAAAGAGAUUAAAUAAAUAGUAGGAGAUAAUUGGCCUUUUACGGCAGUUUUUUCGCCGUGUUAAUAUCUAACUUCUUUGGAGGCUUCUAUCUCCAGUCUCUUAGCGAAUCAAAAGACAAUCUAUCGUAAGCGUCAAGAACAAACUUGUUUAAGUUGUAAAUGGGUCAUUUACGAGAAUCUAACAAUAAAUGAAUUGUGACUACUGCUUGUAAGAUAAUGUCUCGCAUCUAUAAUAUUUCGAUCUUCUCCGAAAAGAUCGGCAGACAACUACGCACGGGAUAAAAAGUUAGAAUCGCUUGUAGCAUAUGUACAAUACUUGAGGGAUGUAUCAACGUUCGAGUAACUACCUCGCGUGAUGCCAUACCACAGCGGAACAGAGAUUAUUAUUAACUGCGCGAAUCUGUUUAAGGAGAGAGCUAUUUUAUGUCCGAAAACAUAUGUAUUUCCUAAUCGUAUGUGUGUGUCUCCUCAAUCAUAUAAUGUCAGAAGAUCACAAGAAAGAUGAUUGAUUAUUCUUAAACGAAUUCUUAAUGAAAUACUAGAUCAGUUAGAGGCAGCAGCUUGUUAAAGUACACGAACCAUUUACAUCAACGAUGCUUCUCGAGCCGUAGAAAAAGUUUUGUUCCUACGAUAUAAUGACACACCUUGCACGCAAGAGGUGUCGACACGAUAUAAAGCUUAACGGUCUAUAACAGUGCAAUAACGUUAAGUAAGAAUUAGAUGAGAACAAUAUGUAAUGAAUGUGAUAGUCGUUCCGUUUAGAAUGUUAGCGCUUUAAAUCUAAGAAAACUUAGACGAGUUUAUCGUGCAAAUUGCACGGUAUGUAUAUAUAAAGUUAACUGUACAAUUGUAUAAAUCGAUACCAAAGUUGUAUUAAUGUCAAAGACGAAUAUUUUACUCUGUAACCAAUUGUUAGAGACAGACAACUAUAUUUUGACAUUAUGUUAAACUUAUUAAAUUAUUGUUAGUAUCAAUGAAUAUACAUUCGAGAUAUACAUGCAAGUUUCAUCGAAAUUUACGCCGAUCGUUAUAUUGUUUAGUCUCCCUUUCCUGUUUGAUAUAGUAGAUAUGUAUAUAUUCAAUAAAAUUUAAUUGUUUCUUUGA